GCAAACUGUUUUCUAUUCAAAAAAAAAUUACGCUAAAUCAAGCGAAAGUCGUUGCAAAAAAAAUACUGUACACAAUGAAAACAAUCACAACCGCACGCUCUCACAGGACACUCUCUUACAGCUUACAGUUUCAAGUGAUACAGAAUUUUCUCAAAUCUCACAGUUAGAUGUUCCUUUACAAGCAGUGCAGUACGACUUAAUUUUUCCUAGAAUUACUUUUGCUUAAAAAUAAAAUUCUUCAGCAAUUGAAAUCGAAAAAUUAAAUAACAAAGGUCGACGAAAAUGAUUGCUAGCUGCGUUGGCAAUUGCAACUAUGCAGGCCCACCGCCUGACUCCAUACUCUCCAUGCCGCCACCCCCUUUGCCGUCCUUUCUGCUGCCGCGCACAGCCAUUAUAGCGGCCGCAGUACCAACAAACGACACUCAUCCAUGCUUUGCGCCCUUCUUGUGCGACCCCAGCCCAAAUCCACGCGAAAGUGGUGGCAUCGAAUUUGUCGAAUUGACUGGUGUCGAUUCGAAAGGCUUGGAGAACACUUGGCUCUUUGUCUUAAUAUCGUGUUGCGUUGGUGUAAUAAUUUUGGGUGGCCUCUUGGCAGUCAUAUUGCUCAAAUGCAGAGACACUCUAUUUUCCAGUUGCAAUUUGUCCUAUCACGAUUCGAAUAUCAAACAGAGUGGCAUGGGCGCUUUGGGUGAAUCUUCAACCAAAGCCAAUCCAUUUAUGGCUGGUGGUAUUUUGUAUCCCUGCACUACGACCAACAAUCGCGAUACUUUGCAGACGCAAUUGGCAAACGAUAGCCGCUUACUAUGGGCCACCCUUACCCCGCACGGCACGCGACACUUUAUUUCAGAAUAUCCAGUGGCAAAUGGGAAUGUUGUACAAGAUGGCCACUAUGAAGUGGUGGAUUAUCGUACAAAAGUGCCAAAUCCAACGUAUCGUGAAUAUGUCAAGCGUGUACCGGUGAAGUCUUUCGACAACAAUGGCUUCGUGGAUUAUGACUAUGAAGAUCCCACCCCACUUAUGGAUUCCUAUCAUGAUGACUUGGAUUCUGGAUAUCAAGAACCACAGGAAGUAAUCAAUACUUUACAACGUGUUUCACCACGCCCCGUAGUUUCGUCACCAACACGCAUCGAUAAUCCGAAUAUGGCACCACUCAACUACUAUCCUUCACAUCGUUCCAAUCAUCAUUUAAGUACCAAUACACUGCAAUCCAAUCACUCAUCGGCCACAUUAAAUCGCAAGGCAACUUUAACACGUCGCAUAAGUGAUGCCUCAUCCUAUGGACCAGGUGGAGGAGCUAAGCAGUGAAGCGAAGGAAGUGAAGUUAUUUUGUAGGUGAAAAGACAGGCAGUUGAGGGCAUAAUUCGCGUUUAAACAAAUGGAGUUGAAUAUAUUUAUGUAUGUAUGUGUAAUAUAAAAAUAUACUACCACAAUACAUAUAUACAACGAAGCGGGAAUUGUGCUGGCGACACGAAAGAAAAGGACUGCGAAA